AUUGAUGGUGGUGAUGGUGACGGUGACACCUCAUUAGACCAUUUUGGAUAAUCCUCAUCCGGAUCCGUACCCGGUUUCUCCGCCACGGUGGAGGACAGAAACCGACGCCAACUCCACUUCCAUUUCAACUGCAAUCCCCUCCGGCCUCCACCAAAAGGGAAAGAAAUCCCAAAUCUCUUUUCCUCACGCCCUUUCCUUUUCCUCUCUAUUAUAACUUCCACACAAGAUCCAUUCCUCCGGAGGAGAAAAGAAAUGGCCGAAAAGCACGAGGACGAGUGGAGUGGGAGCGAGGGCGGCGAUUUCACGUCCGAGGACGAGGGGACGGAGGAUUACAGGCGUGGUGGAUACCACGCUGUCAGAAUCGGUGACGCCUUCAAGGACGGUCGUUACGUCGUCCAAAGUAAGCUCGGUUGGGGCCAUUUCUCCACCGUUUGGCUCGCUUGGGAUACUCAGCUCUUGCGAUAUGUGGCUCUAAAAGUACAGAAAAGUGCUCAGCACUACACUGAGGCAGCCAUGGAUGAGAUAACCAUCUUGCAACAGGUUGCAGAAGGAGAUCCAGAUGAUAAAAAAUGUGUGGUGAAGCUUUUAGAUCAUUUUAAGCAUUCAGGUCCAAACGGGCAGCAUGUUUGUAUGGUUUUUGAGUACUUGGGUGAUAAUCUUUUGACGCUUAUCAAGUACAGUGAUUACCGUGGCCUGCCCAUUCAUAUGGUCAGGGAGAUCUGUGUCCGUAUUUUGGUGGGUUUAGAUUAUUUGCACAGAGAGCUUUCUAUUAUACACACUGAUUUAAAACCAGAGAAUAUUUUGCUAUUAUCAAUGAUAGACCCAUCUAAGGAUCCAAGGAAGUCGGGUGCUCCUCUCAUCCUUCCCAGUGGUAGGGAUAAAACUGCACUGGAGUCAACAAAAGACAUUAAAACAUUAAAUGGUGAUUUGACUAGAAAUCAGAAGAAGAAGAUUCGGAGAAAGGCUAAGCAAGCAGCUCAGGGAUAUAUGGAGAAAGAAGUUUCUGCUGAAGCUGAUGCAGAUGCUGAAACAUCAGGUGCAGCAGAAUCAUCUCUCAAUGGUAAUGUUGAAGAACAUCCACCUACUUCUGUCAAUACAAAUAGAUUAACCAAUGCUGAUGGAUCUAAAGGUGAUGGGCAAGUAAGUCAUGGUAAUAAGAGAGAAAGUAGCCACUUGACAAGGCGUAAGCUGUUGGAAUCAGUUGACUUAAAGUGCAAGUUGGUUGAUUUUGGGAAUGCAUGUUGGACAUAUAAACAGUUCACAAGUGAUAUUCAGACAAGACAAUACCGGUGUCCAGAGGUGAUCCUGGGAUCUAAAUACUCUACAUCAGCAGAUCUUUGGUCCUUUGCUUGCAUUUGUUUUGAGCUUGCAACAGGUGACGUGCUUUUUGAUCCCCACAGUGGUGACAAUUUUGACAGAGAUGAGGACCACCUAGCAUUGAUGAUGGAACUUCUAGGCAUGAUGCCCCGCAAGAUUGCCCUGGGUGGUCGCUAUUCUCGAGACUUCUUUAAUCGUUAUGGUGAUCUGAGGCACAUCCGCAGGUUGCGAUUCUGGUCCUUGAAGAAGGUCCUCAUUGAGAAGUAUGAAUUAAGUGAACAAGUUGCAAAUGACAUGACCAACUUCCUGGUUCCCAUACUUGAUUUUGUCCCUGAGAAGCGUCCCACUGCUGCUCAGUGUCUUCUUCAUCCAUGGAUGAAUCCUGGUCCUCGACUAUUAGAGCCAUCAAUAUGUUCUUCUCAAAGCCAAGGUCCAGACAAUUUUUCUGAAGAAAAGAAGACAGAGAUGGAUGAGAUGGAAGCAGUGGAGGUUGGAAUAGGGAAUAUUGCCAUCAGUGCAGAUUCUAAACAGGUCAAAGAUGCCCAGCCUACUUCAAAAUUAUCCAAGGCAGCAAGCAGCUCGUCUAGGUAGGAUCCCCAAGCAUGCCUACAGCUACAGAAUUCUUCACUCCAAUGGCUUUUACAACUCCCUCAAGAAAAAUGAUUACUUCUUAUUAUCUGUAUUUGCUUUCUGGAUGGGCGUUGGGAGGGACACUAUUUGAUUCUCGUACAGGUUAAGCCCUGGUAAGAGUGAUAAAAUCCGAAGGAGAGGUUCCGAUAUUACUGCAAACAGCUCCCCUUUCGAACAUGGCUGAUAAGUAUACUCCGUUUUAUUGUAUACCGCAGGUCAAAAGAUGGCCUUUCUUUGUGUAAAAAUUGUUUAAUUUUAUGUGAUUCGUGUACUGUACUGGAUAGCAUUCUUCAUGUUGGAACUAUCAGUACAUUAUUAAAAUUAUACACAUUCUUUACAGAGAAUUUUAGUGACGUAUCUUUUUACGCUUCAAAUUAUUUGUCUUGCAUUCUUCAUGUUGGAACUAUCAGUACAUUAUUAAAAUUAUACACAUUCU